ACAACACACAGACCAGUGUUUUCCGUAGUCAUCGUAGACUAGCAGAGUCUGGCCAGAGCGGAUUUCUGUCAACACAAAGAAAGCAUUUUGUUUGUGUAGUUGCUUUUAUAUUUUAGAAUAAAAAUGCCGCUGGAGAAUCUAGAGGAAGAGGGUCUGCCCAAGAACCCCGACCUGAGGAUAGCCCAGCUGAAGUUUCUGCUCACGAUGGACGGACACCGACAGGAUGCUAAAGUGAAGACGGAGCUCAUGGAUGCUAUCAAAGCUAACAACAUGGCUCCGUACUAUGAGGGUCUGUGUAAAGAGCUGAAGUGGCAGCUGGACAGUGACCUCCUGAGCAAAAUGAAGAAGGCCAACGAAGAGGAGCUGAAACGCCUGGAUGAUGUCCUGGAAGACGCCGAGAAGAACCUGGGAGAGAGUGAGAUUCGAGACGCCAUGAUGGCCAAAGCUGAAUAUCUGAUCAGAAUUGGAGACAAGGAGGGUGCCUUAACAGCCUUCAGGAAGACGUAUGACAAGACUGUGGCUCUGGGUCACAGACUAGACAUCGUCUUCUACCUGCUGAGGAUUGGCCUUUUCUACAUGGAUAGUGACCUUAUCACACGUAAUUCGGAGAAAGCCAAGAGCCUUAUUGAGGAAGGUGGAGAUUGGGACAGGAGGAAUCGUCUGAAGGUCUACCAGGGUCUGUACUGCGUGGCCAUAAGGGACUUCAAGCAGGCAGCAGAGCUGUUCCUUGACACCGUUUCCACCUUUACUUCAUAUGAGCUCAUGGAUUACAAGACCUUUGUUACUUACACCGUCUACGUCUGCAUGAUUGCACUCAAAAGGCCUGACCUGCGUGAAAAGGUAAUAAAGGGAGCAGAGAUCUUGGAGGUUCUGCACAGUCUUCCAUCUGUUCGUCAGUAUCUGUUCUCCCUCUACGAGUGUCGUUACUCUGUCUUCUUUCAGUCUCUAGCAAUGGUGGAGCAGGAGAUGAAGAAGGACUGGCUGUUUGCACCACACUACCGCUACUAUGUGAGGGAGAUGAGGAUCCAGGCCUACAGCCAGCUGCUGGAGUCCUACCGCUCCCUCACCCUGGGCUACAUGGCUGAGGCCUUCGGUGUCAGCACAGAGUUCAUUGACCAGGAACUGUCCCGAUUCAUAGCUGCUGGGCGUCUCCACUGUAUCGACAAAGUUAAUGAGAUUGUGGAAACCAACAGACCUGAUAGUAAAAACUGGCAGUACCAAGAAACCAUUAAGAAGGGAGACCUACUGCUCAACAGAGUCCAGAAGUUGUCAAGAGUCAUCAACAUGUAACCACAGGGGCCAUAUUUUUGUCUUUACAGCAAAAA